GGGCGGCGGGCGGGGGGCAGCGCGGCCGGACCCAGGGCUCGCACUCGGCCCGGCCGGGGCCCCAGCAUGGCCGAGCCGCUGCUCAGGAAAACCUUCUCCCGCCUGCGGGGCCGGGAGAAACUUCCCCGGAAAAAGUCGGAUGCGAAGGAGCGCGGCCACCCAGCCCAACGCCUGGAGCCCAGCCCUCCAGAGCCAGAGCCCCAGGCCUUCGAAGGGUCCCAGGCUGGAGCUGAGGGGCCCCCCAGCCCUGAGGCAUCUCGAAGUCCCUCACGAGGGGCCUACCUGCAGAGUCUGGAGCCCAGCAGCCGAAGAUGGGUACUGGGCGGGGCCAAGCCCCCAGAGGAGGCCUGUUUGGGGCCUGGGGCACCUGGCAGUGGGGAGCCUGCAGGCGAGAUCUGGUACAACCCCAUCCCUGAGGAGGACCCCAGGCCCCCCGCACCUGAGACCGCAGGGCCACAGCCAAGCGUAGCUGAGCCAGAGGGCGUGGCCCCACAAGGUGUGGCCCCUUCCAACUCCCCAACCAAAGCCUCUCGAACUAAGUCCCCAGGCCCCGCCAGACGCCUGUCCAUGAAAAUGAAGAAGCUGCCGGAGCUGCGGCGUCGCCUGAGCCUGCGGAGCACCCGGGCGGGCCGGGAGCGCGAGCGUGAGCGGGCCGCCCCCGCUGGCUCCGUCAUCAGCCGUUACCACCUGGACAGCAGUGUAGGGACCCCUGGGCGGGCGGCAGUGGCCGGGGGCGCUCGGGGCCUGCGGGCUGGGUACCUCAGUGAUGGUGACUCCCCGGAGCGCCCAGCAGGGCCCCUGUCGCCGACCGCCUUCCAGCCGUACGAGGUGGGCCCAUCUGCCCGGGCGCCUCCGGCCGCACUCUGGGGCCGCCUCAGCCUGCACCUGUACGGGCUGGGGGGGCUGCGGCCCGCGCCUGGGGCCACCCCGAGAGACCUCUGCUGCCUGCUCCAGGUGGAUGGAGUGGCCAGAGCCCGAACCGGGCCGCUGCGCGGAGGGCCAGACUUCCUGCGGCUGGACCACACCUUCCACCUGGAACUGGAGGCUGCCCGGCUGCUGCGAGCGCUGGUGCUGGUGUGGGACCCUUGUGUGCGGAGGCACCGGCCCUGCGCCCAGGGCACUGUGCUGCUGCCCACGGUUUUCCGAGGGUGCCAGGCCCAGCAGCUGGCUGUGCGCCUGGAGCCUCAGGGGCUGCUGUAUGCCAAGCUGGCCCUGACGGAGCAGCGGGAAGCACCCCACACAGCUGAGCCCCGUGUCUUCGGGCUGCCCCUGCAGCUGCUGGUGGAGAGGGAGCAGCCCCCCGGCCAGGUGCCCCUUAUCAUUCAGAAGUGUGUGGGGCAGAUCGAGCGCCGAGGGCUGCGGGUGGUGGGGCUGUACCGACUAUGCGGCUCAGCAGCUGUGAAAAAAGAGCUUCGGGACGCCUUUGAGCGGGACAGUGCAGCAGUCUGCCUCUCUGAGGACCUGUACCCCGAUAUCAAUGUCAUCACUGGCAUCCUCAAGGAUUAUCUUCGAGAGUUGCCCACCCCACUCAUCACCCAGCCCCUCUAUCAAGUGGUGCUGGAAGCCAUGGCCCGAGGGCCCCCGAGCAGGGCUCCCCCCAGCACUGAGGGUACCCGUGGGCUCCUCAGCUGCCUGCCAGAUGUCGAGAGGGCCACGCUGACGCUUCUCCUGGACCACCUGCGCCUCGUCUCUUCCUUCCACACCCACAACCGCAUGACCGCGCAGAACCUGGCUGUGUGCUUCGGCCCGGUGCUGCUGCCCGCGCGCCAGGACCCCGGCAGGCCCCGCAGCCGCAGCUCUGGCCCGGGCCUUGCCAACACAGUGGACUUCAAGCGACACAUCGAAGUUCUGCACUACCUGCUGCAGGCCUGGCCAGAUCCCCGCAGGUCCCCAGAGGCUACAGACCUCGACCCGUACUUGCAGCCCAAACAGCAGCCGCCGCUGCACUUGCCGCUGGCGGCUCCUGAAGUAGUGACUCGGACCCGCGGUCGGGGCGGCCCCGAGAGCCCGCCGAGUAACCGCUACGCCGGCGACUGGAGCGUUUGCGGGAGGGACUUUUUGCCCUGUGGGCGGGACUUCCUUUCCGGGCCCGACUACGACCACGUGACGGGCAGCGACAGCGAAGACGAGGAGGCAGGGGAGCCCACGGGCGCCGCAGACUUCGAGGAUGACUUCGAAGCGCCCUUCAACCCGCACCUGAACCUCAAAGACUUUGAUGCCCUCAUCCUGGACCUAGAGAGAGAGCUUUCCAAGCAGAUCAAUGUAUGCCUCUGAGCCGGGCGGGGCGGGACCCCGGAAACUAAGGGCCGGGCUCCUGGUUGCUGAGACAGUGCCCUAAAGAUAGAAAGGGACCAGACCUGUCUUUCAGGCCUAGCUCCGGAUUGCUGGGGAGUUGCCUAGCGACCAGCCAGCAGAUGCUGAGAUUUAAUUUCUCAUUUCCAGUGCUAAAUUAUUUGGGUACUGGUUGCAAAGGCCAGGGACUGGAGAUUUGGGGACCAGCUGUUGUGGCCAUCUUUUCUGAGGACCAAGAGCAUCUCCCCCUUGCUGGACUGGCCUCUCUUGCCUCCCCUUGGCCCGGGCAACACCAGUUAAUGUGAGCAUCACCCUGGGAUGGUGAGACACCCCCCAGUCAAUCCUCUUGCUGCUGCCAACCAAAUCAGUAUUAGCUUUGAGCAUUGCACUCUGCUUCUCCCUCCCUUUGGGAGGGCCCAAGGACUAUGAGGAGGCGGUUUGGGGUGGGGUCAAGAGCAGCCCCUCCCUGGGCUCCAGCUGGAUAGGGGCGGCCUGGGCUUAUAGAAAAACAGUAGGUUUCCCCUCCCCAAUUCUUCCUCAGCAUCCUUGAAGAAACUGAGCACUUAUAAGACCUCCCUUUUGGAGGGGCCCCACCUGAAGUGUCAGGCUGGGGCACUUUGGUACGGAACAUAUUUAUUGCCUCUGUGUGUGUGUGUCUGUGUGUGAGGAUGAGAGUGCAUGGACACGUCUGGAGCAGACGUGUGGGGCUCUUUCAGGGACCACAGAACGGGGGAAGGGUUCACAGUGCUGAGUACCCUGAAAUCCCCAGUACUGGUGCCCAGUGGGAGAGUAGGGUCCCCGUCUGUCUACCCCCCUCUUCCCCUCACUUCCAUCUUUGUGAACAAUAAAUCAAUAUGCACAGG